AGGCUGAAGGCUGCGGUUCACUACACGGUCGGCCGCCUGUGCCAGGAUGUCGCGGAGGACAAGGACGUGCAGUUCAGCAAACAAACCAUCGCGGCGAUUUCAGAGAUCACCUUCAGGCAGUGCGACAACUUUGCAAAAGACCUCGAAAUGUUUGCAAGGCAUGCAAAACGAAGCACAGUCACUACAGAAGAUGUGAAGCUUUUGGCUAGAAGGAGCAAUUCUUUGGUGAGAUUCACUGUUAUUUUCUGUCUCACAAUGUUCUUAAACAAUUUGUUAAUUCCUUAG